AAAGGGCUCUCUGGUCUUUCUCUGCGUCUCUGCGGCUGCGCGAGAAAAAGAAUCUCUCUUUCGCGACUCGAUUUCCCGCGUUGGAAUCCUAAUUCCAUCUUCUCCUCAACCGCUUUUCCGUCGAUGAUUUGAAGAAAAUCUUCUCAGCAAAUCGCCGAUCUGCCAUUCUCUGUCAGUCACAGCUUCCACUCCUGAAGAAGCUUUCUCUCACCGUCUUCUUCCCAGGACUCUUGCAUUGGAUUGUAGGGUUUUGGAUAUGAAUCGAGAUCCUGCGCAGCAAAUCUAGCCUCGGACUACGAUCUGUUUGACAGCAGUGGUGACAGAAAAAAAAUAGAGAGGAAAAUCAAAUGGGAGAAGUCGGAGGCCAUUGCUUGUAGGAAUAUAAAUUGCUCCUCAUCCUUUCCUCCUCCAUUACUGCAAAAUCCAUUCUCAUCCUCCUCCCCAUCAUCUUAGUGUUAGUGUUUUUGUCAUUUGCUGCUAAAAUGUGCACCCUCCUCCCUACUUUUCACCACUCCAAACUCCACCACCCCCGUCUGCCUUUAAACAACUAUUCUUCUCACUCCUUUCACUCUUCGCCUCUUACCCUCAGUGCAGCCCCUCGUACAUCACAACAUCACACAAUCCAAAUCAGAGCUCUUGAUGCGGCCCAGCCAUAUGAUUAUGAAUCUCAGAUCUGUACCAACUUCCAAAACAAUGCCAAACUCAAAAUUGGAAUCAUAGGCUUCGGCAACUAUGGCCAAUUCCUUGCCAAGACCAUCACCAAACAGGGUCACACCGUCCUGGCACAUUCCCGCUCCGACUACUCCGAAACUGCUCGCAAGCUGGGUGUAUCAUUUUUUUCCGAUCCCGAUGACCUCUGUGAGGAACAUCCAGAUGUGAUACUCCUCUGCACUUCCAUAAUCUCCACCAAGGUUGUACUCUCUUCACUCCCAACCCAGAGACUUAAACGAAGCACCCUUUUCGUUGAUGUCCUCUCUGUAAAAGAAUUCCCUAAAAACCUCUUUCUUCAAAUACUUCCUCGUGAAUUUGACAUUCUUUGUACUCACCCCAUGUUUGGGCCAGAGAGUGGAAAAAACGGGUGGAAAGGUCUCCCUUUCGUCUACGACAAGGUGAGGAUUGGAACCGAUGAGUUGAGAUCAAACCGCUGCGAACGCUUUUUGAAUAUCUUCGCACAGGAGGGGUGUAAGAUGGUGGAGAUGUCCUGCGUGGACCAUGAUAAAUAUGCUGCUGGGACACAGUUUAUAACCCACACGGUGGGUCGGGUGCUGGGGAAGUUGGGUCUGCAGUCGACGCCAAUAAAUACAAAAGGGUAUGAGGUAUUAUUGGAGUUAGUGGAGAAUACAUCAGGCGAUAGCUACGAGCUUUACUACGGUCUGUUCAUGUACAAUACAAGUGCAACAGAGCAGCUGGAGAGGUUGGAGAUGGCAUUUGAUGCACUGAAAAAGCAGCUUUUUGGGCAGUUGCAUGAUAUACUGAGGAAACAGUUGUUUGACAGUAAUGGGGGAUUGGACGAUACCAGUUCGACAGAAACGAAGCUUGAAGCUUCUGCUAUGAAGGAGACAAUACCUUGAAUUAAAAGCAAGCGACACACCUAUUAUAUUACUGGUAGGAAAUUUUGUUUUGGUUGUUCAUUUGCCUAAUUUAUUUAUUUAUUUUUCUUUUGGAUUGGGUUUGUUCAAUUACAUGCAGAUGGGUUAUUUGUUUUCUAUAGAAGUAGCUGAUGUACAUUUUUCUUUUCCUACUUAAGAAUCAACAAAUUUCAUGCUUCA